AUGGCCGAAACCACGCUCGCUGCCGGCAACUCUACAGCCUCCGCCAUGACUAGCAGCACCUCUUCCUCCACAAACAACACAAACAACUCCUCCUCUUCCACCUCUGCUUCACCCACUCCUCUGUCUCAGGCAAUCUCCAGUGUCAACAUCAAAUCCUUGAUCCUCUACACCCUCUCCAUGGAGUCCAACAAUUAUCACAAGUGGAGGAACCUCAUUCUUCUUGUCCUUGGGCGUUUCCACCUGCGCGCCCAUGUCGAGGAUGGCGAGCCUCAUCAUGAUGACCCUGACUUGGUCACCGAGAACCUGCAAGUUCUCAUGUGGCUCUAUGCCACUAUCGACAAGAGCCUCACUGACAAGGUGAUGGGCGACGACUCCACUGCCUACGGCAUCUGGGAGAAGCUGCGAUCCAUCUUCUACGCCAACAAACCCUCCCGUGCGGUGCAUCUCGAGUUCGAGUUCCAUGGUCUCGUCCAAGGGGAUCUCUUCGUCAGCGUGUACUACCACAAGUUGAAGACACUCGCAGACGCCUUAGCUGAUUGCGACCAGCCUGUUGGUGACUGCACGCUGGUGCACCAGCUCAUUCGUGGCCUCAACCAGAAGUUCCAUGUCCUCAAAACGAUUAUGCCUGUUCUUCCCACCUUCCCCACAUUCAUGUAG